AUGGACGACAACGAGGAGACUGUAAAGAAGUCGAUAUUACCAGAUGGCAUCUGCUUGAUCAGCCUCAAUCGACCACACAGACGCAAUGCAGUAGACCCAGCCACAGCCAAGAAGCUCUACGAAGCCUUUCUUGCCUUUGAGGCAAGCACAGAGCAGAAAAUUUGUGUAUUCUACGGCGAGCAUGGCACUUUUUGCGCUGGUGCGGACCUUCAUGAAGUAGCCCAGAUCAAGGAUGAUGAAGCCAAAUCGCUGACUCCAGUACAAGAUCGCAAUCAGGGUCCAAUGGGUCCAUCGCGGCUGCAAACCAAGAAACCAGUGAUAGCUGCUGUUGCAGGUCAUGCUGUUGCUGGAGGUCUUGAGUUAUCUCUCCUGGCUGAUAUGAGAGUUGUCGAGGAAAGUGCCAUAUUUGGUGUUUUCUGUCGACGGUGGGGAGUACCUCUGAUCGACGGUGGCACUGUCAGGCUACAGCGCAUCAUCGGUCUUGGACGAGCGCUUGACAUGAUAUUGACUGGACGUCCGGUCGGAGCUCAAGAAGCCCUACAGAUGGGACUAGCAAAUCGAGUGGUAGCUGACGGCAAGGCUCUGGAUACAGCCAUUUCAAUUGCACGGCAGCUUGUGAAGUUCCCACAGUUAUGCAUGAAUGCCGAUCGAGAAUCGGCAUACUAUGCUGCCUACGACUCAGUCUCGUUUACAGAUGCUCUGCGCUACGAGUUUGAGAACGGGAGUAGGGUCGUCAUCGCAGAGGGAAAGGUUGGUGCGGCCAGGUUCAAAGAGGGCGCAGGUAGGCACGGUGAUUUCUCAGAGGCAAAACACUCCAAGCUAUGA